AUUUUGUAUUUUUAUAGGUUAUUUUAUUAUUAACAAAAUGGAAAAUCCUUCUUUAAAAUACAUAACAAAUCCAGAUUUUGGAAAACCACCCGAUGAACAAAAUGAGAUUCUGCAAAGAAAUGGAGAACCUCACACAACCAGCUUUAACUAUAUGCUUAACCAAGGACUGUCAGAAGCUAUUAAAAAUCUAAACCCUGUGGAAUUUUUGCUAAAUGAACGAAAAAUUAAACUUACAAUUACAAACUUUUUAUUUCAAAAACCGGAGGUGCCUCCCGAAAUGGUGCUAGUUAAAAAUAAAACAAUUUAUCCUACAUCAUGUAGACAAAGUGCAAAUACAUAUAAGGGGAAGUUUUUAGUUGAAAUUGAUUGGUAUAUUGAUAAUGAACAACAACAAUCGUUUACCAAAGAUUUGGGAGAGAUACCAGUCAUGGUUAAGUCGGAACGCUGUCAUUUAUCUAAAAUGUCUCCUAAACAAUUGGUAGAAUGCGGCGAACACGAACAAGAAUGGGGUGGAUACUUCAUUAUUAAAGGUAACGAAAAGUUGGUCAGGAUGUUAUUGAUGACAAGACGAAACUAUCCUAUAACUAUCAAAAGAUCUGGUUGGAAACAAAGGGGCGCCCUUUUUUCAGAUUGUGGCGUUUCCAUAAGAUGCGUUAGGAGUGAUCAAACGGCUACGAAUAACGUCUUGCAUUUUGUAAACGAUGGUACAGCGAAACUGAUGUUUAGUUAUCAAAAAGUGCUAUAUUAUACUCCUUUGUGCUUGAUUCUGAAAGCACUGUGUAAUUACAGCGACCAGUAUAUUUAUCAGAGGUUAAUUCAAGGUUGCGAGGAUGAUACAUACUAUAUAGACUGUGUACAGAACAUGCUCCGUGCAGUUCACAGAGAAAACCUUCACACAACGGAAGACUGUCGUCUGUAUCUAGGCAAAAUGUUCCGAGUGAAAUUCUAUGAAUGUCCAGAAUGGUCGACAGAUAAAGAAGUAGCUGAGUUUAUUUUGAGAAAGUGUAUAUUAAUUCAUCUAGACAACAACGAAGAUAAGUUUAACAUGCUAGUUUUCAUGGCACAGAAACUGUUUUCUUUCGCUCAGGACAAAUGCAAAGUGGAGGGUGCUGAUGCUGUAAUGAUGCAAGAGCUACUUUUAGGUGGUCACUUAUAUUUACAGAUACUUAAGGAAAAAAUGUAUUCUUGGUUGAACGGGUUGAAACUAAGUAUUUUGAAGUUGGCUAAAGCUGCCACUUUCUCAAUUUCUCAAACAGAAAUGUUGAGAGCAGCAAAAAAUAGUGGAGGAAUUGAAAGUGCCCUUGGUAAUUUCUUAGCCACUGGAAAUUUAAACAGCAUAUCAGGAUUGGGACUUAUGCAAGAUAAAGGUUUGGUUAUUAUGGCUGAAAACAUCAACAGAAUGCGUUACAUGUCUCACUUCAGAGCCGUCCACAGAGGAGCCUUCUUUCAAGAGAUGAGAACCACCGAAGCCAGACAGUUGUUACCUGAUGCUUGGGGAUUUAUUUGUCCUGUACAUACACCGGAUGGCGCACCUUGUGGCCUUUUGAACCAUCUUACUUUGAACUGUGUUAUUACUGACGUGCCAGAUCAGGAUAAAGUAAAUAACAUUCCUUUGGUAUUAACGGAAUUGGGUAUGAAGCCUCUUAAAAACGCCGACAUGAUCGAUUUGAAAAGUAGUUAUGUAGUGCAACUUGAUGGCAGAAUCAUUGGAUAUGUCCACAUAAACGAUGCAGCCAGAAUUGUUCAGAAACUAAGACUGUUCAAGAUAAAGGGCAAAGUCAUCCCUCAAACACUCGAGAUAGCUUUAGUACCGUUAAAAAGAACAGUUGCUCAAUAUCCAGGAAUAUUUUUGUUCACGGGACCAGCUAGAAUGAUGCGACCCUUGAAGAAUUUAUACACGAAUCAAAUUGAGUUAGUUGGGACUUUCGAACAAGUUUAUUUGGAUAUAUGUGUUACUCCAGAGGAAGCAUAUGAUAAAGUUACGACUCACAUGGAGCUCUCCAAAACAGCGUUUCUUUCAAAUCUAGCUCAACUUAUACCUAUGCCCGAUUGCAAUCAGUCACCUCGUAACAUGUACCAGUGUCAGAUGGGUAAACAGACGAUGGGUACACCUUGCCAUACGUGGGAUUUACAAUCAGAAACCAAACUUUACCGACUACAAACACCUGGAACUCCGCUAUUCAGGCCUGUACAUCACGAUAAUAUUUUGUUAGAUGACUUUGCUAUGGGCACGAAUGCUAUCGUAGCUGUUAUCAGUUAUACUGGUUACGAUAUGGAAGAUGCCAUGAUUAUUAAUAAAGCAUCAGAAGAAAGGGGACUGGCACAUGGGAUGAUUUACAAAUCAGAAUUUGUCGAAUUGGACCAUCCCGAUUCAUUUUUUGAGAGAGAUCCAAAUACAAAAAACACCAAUCUGUCAAAUUUAUUGGAUUCCGAUGGUCUACCAUUCAUCGGCAGAAAAAUGGUAGAAAACACACCAUUGUAUUGUUUUUUUGAUGCUGAUCGGUCACUUUACAUAACUAAAACUUUUAAAGGCAAAGAAGAAUGUUACAUACAUAGUGUCAAGUUGUGCGCAAACUUUGGGCGGCAAAAGGCCAAGAAGAUAGCUUGUUUUACAUAUCGAGUGCCAAGAAAUCCCAGCGUAGGGGAUAAGUUUGCUAGCAGAGCUGGACAAAAGGGAAUUUGCUCUCAAAAAUGGCCCGCUGAAGAUUUACCAUUUACGGAAACAGGUCUUGUACCCGAUAUUGUCUUCAAUCCUCACGGUUUUCCCUCGAGAAUGACAAUUGCUAUGAUGAUCGAAAUCAUGGCGGGAAAAUCUGCAGCAUUACAUGGACUGGUUCACGACGCCACCCCCUUUAGAUUUACGGAGGAAGAUACUGCUAUCGAUUAUUUUGGCAGACUAUUGGAGAAAGGUGGUUACAAUUAUUACGGUACAGAAACAAUGUAUUCCGGUAUUGAUGGAAGGGAAAUGACUGCUCAGAUAUUUUUUGGAAUAGUACACUAUCAGAGGUUAAGACAUAUGGUAUCUGAUAAGUGGCAGGUGCGGUCUACUGGACCAACUAAUAUAUUAACUAGACAACCGCUACAAGGAAGGAAAAGAGGAGGGGGUGUUCGUUUUGGUGAAAUGGAACGUGACGCACUUAUCAGCCACGGGGCUUCAUUUUUACUGCAAGACCGCUUGUUUCACUGUUCAGAUGAAAGUACAGCCUUCAUUUGCACGUCUUGUGGAACAUUGUUGGGCCCGAUUACGGCCGUUAUGAGGUUAGCUGAUAGACCACAACAUACCGAGACGAAGGAAACAUGUAGACUGUGCGAAACUGAUGAACAUAUAAAUAAAAUAAAAAUUCCUUAUAUAUUCAAAUUUUUUGUUACACAAUUAGCAUCUUGUAAUAUUAAUGUUAGAGUAGGCUGCCAAGAAGUCUAAUUUUUAUUAAAAUAUGCUUUUAUUAUUCAAUACAGUUUUAGAUAAU